AUGCGUUUCUUCUCUGCGUUGCUGGCUGCGGCCAGUCUCGUGGCGACGGUGAAGGGACACUGGCUUGGGGAAAUGCCUCAUCAGGGACUCGCACCGUUUGCCGGAGCAGCAAACUAUCCUGUUUUCCGCAACGUCAAGGACUACGGCGCAAGAGGUGAUGGCGUCACGGACGACACGGCGGCCAUCAACGCUGCCAUUAAUGCCGGAAAUCCUUGCAACAAGAACUGUGUUUCAUCAACGACAACUCCGGCACUGGUUUACUUCCCUGCUGGCACAUACCUGAUCUCAUCAUCCAUCUUUCCGGCCUACUUCACCCAACUCAUCGGCGACGCUGCGUCUCCCCCGACACUCAAAGCGACCUCGAACUUCGCGGGCUUUGGUCUCAUCGACGGCAACCCCUACUACACCCCCGUUCUCAACUGGAAGUCUCAGAAUGUCUUCUUCCGGCAAGUACGCAACUUUGUCAUCGACACGACUGCCAUCGCGCCGGGCACUGCCGCCACUGGAAUGCACUGGCCGACAUCCCAAGCGACCAGUCUCCAGAACAUCGUGUUUAACAUGCCUGCCACGGGUGACGUGGUCCACGUCGGUCUGUUCAUCGAAGAGGGAAGUGGAGGCUUCAUGACGGACCUCACCUUCAAUGGCGGUGCGACUGGUGCCAGCAUGGGCAACCAGCAAUACACCAUGCGGAACUUCAAGUUCAACAACUGCAAGACGGCCAUUAUCCAAAUUUGGGACUGGGGCUGGACUUAUGCUGGCCUGUCCAUCAACAACUGCGAGGUUGGUAUCGACAUGUCAGCAGGAGGUGCCAACAACAAGUUGGACGUAGGCUCGGUUACUCUAAUUGAUAGCAGCUUUACCAACGUGCCCGUCGCCAUCCUCACGGCUUGGAGCACGACCUCUAACCCUGCCACAGCUGGCAGUCUGGUGAUGGAGAACAUCGCGCUGGACAAUGUCCCCGUUGCAGUCAAGGGACCCAGCGGCACUAUGCUUGCUGGUGGAUCGAUGACAAUCGAGGCUUGGGGCAACGGCCACAGCUACGGUUCCUCUGGCCCGACCAAGUUCUCCGGUCCGAUCGCCCCCAACCCGCGGCCCGGAGCCCUCGUCUCCAAUGGACGGUACUACACCCGCUCGAAACCGCAAUACGAGGACACCCCGGCCUCGUCCUUCCUCUCGGUCCGCUCGGAAGGUGCCAAAGGCGACGCCUCCACCGACGACACGACGGCGCUCCAGAACGCCAUCAACAAGGCGGUCGCCGAGAACAAGAUCCUCUUCCUCGACUACGGCCUCUACCGCGUCACCAACACCAUCCGCAUCCCGCCCGGCGCCAAGAUCGUGGGCGAGUCCUUCCCCGUCAUCCUCUCGGCGGGCGCCUUCUUCAACGACGUCAACAACCCGAAGCCGGUGGUCCAGGUCGGCGAGACGUCGGGCCAGCAGGGGCAGGUCGAGCUGACCGACUUCAUCGUCUCGACCCAGGGUGUGCAAGCCGGCGCGAUUUGCAUCGAGUGGAACCUCGCCAGCGACGGCACGCCCAGCGGCAUGUGGGACGUCCACGUGCGUAUCGGCGGCUUCGCCGGCACGGAGCAGCAGGUGGCGCAGUGCCUCAAGACGCCGGGUAACCCGGCCGUCAACCCGAACUGCCUGGUUGCGUUUAUGGGCAUGCACAUCACCAAAGCGGCGAGCGGGCUGUACAUGGAGAAUGUGUGGAUCUGGACUGCCGACCACGACAUCGACGAGGCGCAGAACACACAGAUCACGAUCUAUGCCGGCCGCGGCCUCUACAUCGAAUCCGAGAACGGGCCCUUCUGGCUCUGGGGCACGGGGUCCGAGCACUUCGUGCUCUACCAGUACCAGCUGGCCAGCACGCGCAACAUCUUCAUGGGCCAGAUCCAGACGGAGACGCCGUACUUCCAGCCGACGCCCAACGCGCUGGUGCCGUUCGCACCCGUGGCGGCGCUGCGCGACCCGGACUUCACGGCGCAGUGCGCCGGCGUUGAGGGCAACUGCGCCGCGGCGUGGGGCCUGCGCGUCAUCGACUCGCGCGACGUCUUCCUGUACGGCGGCGGCCUGUACUCCUUCUUCGACAACUACAGCACUGCCUGUUCGACUUUUGAUGCGGGUCAGACCUGCCAGCAGCGCAUCAUCUCGAUUGAGGGAUCUGCGACGAAUGUUAACUUGUAUAAUGUUAACACGAUCGGCACGCGCGAGAUGAUUACGCGGAAUGGGGGCCGGGUGGCGUGGUUUGAGGAUAACGUGAACACGUUCGCGUCGAACGUGGCAGUUUACAAGAGCAACUAG